UUUAACCCGGUAAAGAGCAAGAAAACAGCAGAGUCAUUCUGCGCAUGGAGCAGUAAUGGAAGCAGCCUGUAUAAAAUCUUUUCCACCCAUCUUAGAUUACAAGACAGAGAAAUAUGUGCUGACAAAGAACAGGAAGGUUGGAGCGUUUCAUCGCCUGCUUCACCUGGGCAUUUUAUGUUAUAUUAUUGGGUGGGUGUUUAUUGUAAAGAAGGGAUAUCAAGAAAGUGAUUCCGAUCCUCAUUCUUCUGUAAUAACAAAACUCAAAGGAUCGUCAGUUACUAAAGAUCUGCAAGAAUAUCAGCAAAGGCUGUGGGACGUGGGAGACUUUGUGAAGCCUUCUCAGGGAGAAAAUGUCCUGUUCUUGGUGACAAACUUUAUUGCCACACCACGACAAGUGUUAGGUUUAUGUCCAGAGAGCCCAUUGAUUGUAGAUGGUAGAUGUGGUGAAGACUUGGACUGUACGCCAGGAGAGCAUGUGGUAAAUGGAAAUGGUCUGAAAACAGGACGAUGUAUAUCACUGAACAGUACUCAUUCCACCUGUGAGAUAUAUUCUUGGUGUCCUGUUGAGAAUGAAUCAUUGAUAAGGAAAAUACCUUUAAAUGAAGCAGAAAACUUUACACUGUUCAUUAAAAAUUCUGUUUAUUUUAGCAAAUUUCGAUUUUCAGGGGCAAACACAUUGAAGACAUUGGAUGAUACUUAUUUUAAGAGCUGCAGAUAUGAUCCAGUCUCCAGCCCGUACUGUCCAGUUUUUACAAUCAAGAAUAUCAUAACGAAAACUAAAAAUAGCUUUGAAGAACUGUCUCUUCUGGGUGGAGUUGUUAGAAUUGAUAUUGAGUGGAAAUGCAAUUUGGAUCAAGCACAAGUCUGCAUACCACAAUACUCCUUUGGAUUGCAAGAUAAAAACAACAACUUCAGAACGGCUACUUAUUAUUGGGAUAAAGAAAGACGUGAAACCAGAGACCUCCUUAAACUCUAUGGGAUCCGAUUCGAGAUAUCAGUGACAGGAGAGGCAAGAAGAUUUAGUAUUGUCCCAACAGCUGUAAGCCUUGGAACUGGGUGUGCCUUCUUGGGUAGUGCAACACUUUUGUGUGACCUGAUUCUCCUAUACCUGGACAGUAAAGCCAGUUUCUAUUGGGAGUGUAAAUAUGAAGAGGCCAAACCACCAAAAGGCCAACAAGCUGAACAACCUACUAUCAACAAUGAUGAAACAUCUACUAACAAUGAUUGAAUCAAAAUAAAUAUUUUCUAAGGCCUUAACAAUCGGCUGAAAAAUUCAAGCCAAAAAUCUACUCUAUGCAAAGUUAAAAUGUUUUUCCCUUACAUUCUCUUGUCCGACAUAACAUAUAAAUGCACUUAGGAUUUACAUUAAUAAGAUAAUAAAAGCACACUUGUUUUCAUA